AAGAGUGAGAGUGUAUCAGGAGGCAGGUAAAGAGCUGCUGCACAGACUGAGCCAUAGAGAAGGGCAAGAAUGAAAAUCCUUCUCCCUCUGCUCAUCCUCUGCCUCACAGGCUCCCAUGGCUUUCCUGCAGGUUUGAAAACCUCAAAGCAAGACCUACAAAUUGUCCAGAAUUAUCUUCAGAAAUUUUAUAACCUAAAACCUGAUGACCGUGAUGGAGUGAAAAUUCCAAAGCAGAAACCCAUUAGCCCAUUUGUUGAGAAGCUCAAGGAAAUGCAGAAAUUCUUUGGGUUGGAAGUCACUGGGAAGCCAGAUGAAGAAACUCUAAAGACAAUGAAAGAGCCAAGAUGUGGGGUCCCUGAUGUAUUUCCAUUUGUCAUCACUGAAGGAAAUCCUAAGUGGGAAAGAAACAAUCUUACUUACAGCAUUGAAAACUACACACCAGAUUUAACAAAGGAAGAUGUGGACGAUUCUAUCAGGAAAGCAUUUAAAGUCUGGAGUGAUGUAUCUCCCUUGACAUUCACUAAGAUUUCUAAGGGUGAAGCAGAUAUAAAGAUUUCUUUUUACUAUGGAGAUCAUUAUGAUAAUUCUCCUUUUGAUGGUCCCAAUGGAAUUCUUGCUCAUGCCUUCCAACCAGGCUUAGGUAUUGGAGGGGAUGCUCAUUUUGAUGAAGAUGAAAAUUGGACAACAGACUAUAGAAAUUACAACUUAUACCGUGUUGCUGCUCAUGAGUUUGGCCAUUCUCUGGGUCUUUCUCAUUCUACUGACAUUGGUGCCUUGAUGUUCCCCAGCUAUGCUUUUGCUGACCCCAAUGAUAUCCAACUUUCUCAGGAUGAUAUUGAUGCCAUUCAAUCCAUCUAUGGACCUACCAAUAACCCUGUCCAGCCAACAGGAACAACAACACCACAAGCCUGUGAUACAAAAUUAACCUUUGAUGCUGUCACCACAGUCCGGGGAGAAAAAAUGUUCUUCAAAGACAGGUUCUACCUCCGUACAAACCCUUAUUUUCCAGAGACGGAAGUCAAUUUAAUUUCUCUGUUCUGGCCAAGUCUUCCAAGUGGAAUUGAAGCUGCUCAUGAAGUUGAAGAAAAGGACAUAGUCAGGUUCUUCAAAGGUACCAAGUAUUGGGUGGCCCGGGGGCAGAAUGUGUUGCCUGGUUACCCCAAGGACAUCUACAGCACUUUUGGUUUUCCUGCAACUGUGAAGAAAAUUGAUGCUUCUUCUUCUGAUAUAUACAAUGGAAAAACAUAUUUCUUUGUAGGGGACAAGUACUGGAGAUAUGAUGAAUAUAGGAGAUCUAUGGAUGCAGGUUAUCCCAAACUGAUAACAGAUGACUUUCCUGGAAUUGGAACCAAAGUUGAUGCUGUUGUCAGAGACAAUGAUUUCUUAUAUUUCUUCAGUGGAACAAGGCAGUAUAAAUUUGAACCCAAAACCAAGAGAGUUGUCGCUCUUUUGAAGACCAACAGCUGGUUUAAUUGUGGAAACUACUGAGCAAGAUUCCAAGAUACUUUGUAAGCAGUGGAAAGAUGUUUUCUAAAAGAGCCAAAUAUUUUAGUAUUCAGUACCUAUUUUUGUUUUACUUAUCCUGGAAAACUAAAGCAAAAUAACUUAAUUUUGUUUGGAUCUGGGAUGGGAAGAACUUAGAACCACUGUUUGUUAAAUGUCUUAUAUAUUCUUAUUAUUCUUAUUGUCUUAAGAAAUUCAUUG